UAAAAACGCAUCCAGUUGUCUGUUUCCACUUCCAAUAGUAAGCGAUGGCAAAUUAUAAGGUGGAAGAAAUUCCCGGCCCACAUGUCGAGCUAGGAGAAGGUCCCCACUGGGAUGAUCAAACGCAAAGCUUGUACUACGUUAGUUUAUCGGAGGCCACCAUCCACCGCUUGGAUCACAAAUCGAAUAAAGUGUACAGCGCUAAGGUUGAGGGUUGCACUUACGCAUCCUUUAUCAUUCCGGUGAAGGAUAGGAGUAACGAAUUCAUUGUAGGCGAUGGAACACGGGUGGUUUUGAUCAGCUGGGACGGUCUUUCGGACCGAGCAAAUGUGCUGAGCUGUGUGGCUGAUCUUGGUCAGGAAGCUGCCGGUCAUCGGUGGAACGAUGGAAAAGUGGAUUCGCAAGGAAGACUGUAUGCUGGGAUGAUGAUCACCGAAAGCGGAGGGAAUCCUUUCGAAGUGAAUACUGGUAAAUUUUACCGAUUUGACGCACGCAGCAGAACCUUUUUUCAGCAGCUGAGUGAUAUAUACAUCAGCAAUGGGCUGACGUGGAAUGAGCGAACUAAAAAGUUUUACUAUGUGGACUCCGGUGCACAUGAUAUCAAAGAGUACGAUGUGGAUAAAAACGGGAACUUAGUUUCUGGAAAAAUAUUUUUCGACUUGAAGGAAAAUGGGAAGAAAACACUUCAUUUUUUUGACGGAAUGACUAUCGAUGCAGAGGGAAAUCUAUUUGUGGCUGUCUUCCAUAAAGGAAAAGUGUUCAAAAUUAACCCCAAAGGUCAAGUGGUUCAAGAAAUCGUUAUUCCUGCGAAGCAAGUAACUUCUGUGGCCUUUGGAGGGCCAAAGCUGGACGAGCUGUAUGUGACCACGGCCAAGAAGCUGGUGUUGGAUCCGCAAAAUCCACCUGCAGGAGCUACGUUCAAAGUAACCGGUCUUGGAGUGGUGGGGACACCCAUGAAUGCAGUUGUAUUAUAGAACUAGAUACAAUGAGAGUUGUAAAAAAUCCAAAAAGUAUUGAAUGGACAGUGAGUUGGAAUAAACUAAAUGUGGUUCUGAA